CUCACUUGUUAUUGAACUAGAACCUCUCUGAUAGUGAUAGAUUUGGGUUCAGCAACCUAUGGCACGUGAGGUGACUUUGUACGGCACUCGAACCUGCCAGAGACUUGCAGGAGUCCCAGUAGGACUUCAGAUAUCUGCUAGUGCAAUCUGAGCAGUGAUUGCAGGUGGUCAGGGACUAUGCUCAAUUUACGUAUUACAGCACAUCUCAGAUCACUUCCUCCCAGCACUUGUGAAUUGUAAUCUGCACUACAUCAGUAAAUCAGCCCUCAGCAUCUAUCGCAGCUCCUGCCCUUGACCUGUACCUGGCCAACUCGGUUCCCCCGGGACGCCAGGGAAGCCACCCACACUGCUAGAUAUACAGACAGCUGCAGAAUAAGCCUUCUACUCCUACAAAUAAAACAAAGGGAUCCCCUAACCUGACUCCACUGACAAUCCACAUACACACGCACACAGCCCCACCGACAAUCCACAUACACGCACACAGCCCCACAAGCAGUCUUACAUGCCACAAACAGCCCUACACAUUCACAAACCACCAAACACAAAUGUGACACAUUUUCCAAACGCGCAAACACACAACCCCACAUAAUCAUGAACGCAUACAUUAUAUCAGCCCACAUACACAUAAAUACAAUGUUACAAAGUAACUGCACCACCCAUAAAUAACACAGGCAGAGUACAGCAACUUAUGUAGGACUGGCGCGACAAGAGACUUAAACAUCUUGUUUGGCAUUGUACUACUAAAAGGUUGCCUACCCUUGAUAUAGACACUUUCUCAUUGCUAGGUGGUCCUCUCAGAAUGUCGAAGAGAAAGGUGACUUUUGAAGAUGAUGGUGUGGAUGAGGAGUCCUCGAAGAGGCAUGUGAGUAAAGCAGUAUUGAAGCUUUCAGUCGAUCCACAUGCUCCGUAGAGAGUUAGUAUUGGAUAUGUCAGUGGGCACGCACUGCAAACUAUAACCAUGGACUAAAUUCCUGCUGCCUUUUACCAUUUUCACUCAUCUAGACAUCCAGUCAGCACACAUAGUUGUGGUUAAAACAUGCUAAAUACAAAGACCCUAGCAAGGCAAGUGUCAGGUAACAGUUUGACUAAUUACUGGUGGUCUCCUGGCACCAUAACCUCUGCAAAACGCUGUAUUUGUUCUGGUGCCGAAAAACGUAAAGGGUUACUCUAACACAUCGGAGUAACAUGCCCUAUUGGGCACUAUGGAGACGGUGCCCCCUCUCCCUCGAUUUGCAGUAAAUUCUGCUAACUGUUUAAAUGUAAAACAAAAAACUACCAAUAGAUGUCUCAAAAAUGUCAUACUUGACACAGUAAGCCUUAAAACAUAACUUUUACUGUGUAUAUUAAAAGUAAAAACAUAUAAAAAAGCACAAAGCUAAAUAUUAGUCCUGUAUAGCUAGUCUUGCUCGAACUGAGACUGAACCCUCGAUUUGCAAAUAUAGCAGGGAGAAUAUCAAUGUCAGUUCGAGCAGGACUACCUAGACAGGACUAAUAUUUAGCUUUGCGCUUUUUAUUUACAUAUAUAUAUAUAUAUAUAUGUGUGUGUGUGUGUAUAUAUAUAUGUGUAUAUAUGUAUAUGUGUUUUUUUUACUUUUAAUAUAAACAUUAAAAGUUAUGUUUUAAGGCUUACUGUAUCAAUUAUGACUUUAUACCCAUUUUUGAGACACCUAUUGGUAGUUUUUUCUUUUACAUUUAUAACAGUUAGCAGUUUAGGGGUUAUCCCCCGUUUUUUGUCUACCACUACUGUCUCACAUAUAGAUUCAGGCCUGCAAAGCUCCAGGGGCUGUUCUUGAUGGGACCAUUUCGCCGACUAGGAGCACAUGCAUGCCUUCAGCGUCGUUAAAGGGAAGAAUUUAAAACCUUUUUUUCAAAAUUUCAGAAACUCUGCGAUGGAAGCAGCUGGGAGGGGAGAGCUAGCUUCCACUUGCAGGUUAUUACGUUUGUUGUCGGCAUGCCAUGCUUGCUAACACGUGUAUUUUUUGCACAGAAUUGACAGUGGGCAGCCUGGAGCAGAGUUCUGGACAGCCAAUGCCACAUGCUGGGGGGGGGGGAAUAGUUCCCAGCAUAACAUUAACAGUCUCUUUGGAUGUACAAUGUUUCACUACAUAUAUGGACUCUUACCACUUCAGAUCACUAAAGUGGUUAUGGUGGCAGGGGUAAUCCUUUUUAAAGAGAAGUAAAAUAAUGACACACUAUUAGGCAGACAGAUGCUGUGAAAUCCCAGAAGGGAAGAAUGAAUGCUUUCUGGCAAACUGUAAAGAAGUUUGAUAGCGAUUGGUAUUGAUGUAAUCCAGGUCAGAUCCCUGCACAGGGAAUGAAUGGUUUGGCCCACCGUUACACUGUACAUACAGGUAGAGGGAAUGCAGUGAUAUAUCUGUGUUUCUGGGUUAUCCCUGCACAGGGAAUUAAUGGUUUGGCCCACCGUUACUCUGUACAUACAGGUAGAGGGAAUGCAGUGAUAUAUCUGUUUCUGUGAGAUCCCUGCACAGGGAAUGAAUGGUUUGGCCCACCGUUACACUGUACAUACAGGUAGAGGGAAUGCAGUGAUAUAUCUGUUUCUGGGUUAUCCCUGCACAGGGAAUGAAUGGUUUGGCCCACCGUUACACUGUACUUACAGGUAGAGGGAAUGCAGUGAUAUAUCUGUGUAACUCCACCCUCAGCAUAAAAGGGUUAAACCGCCGUUUAGAAGAUCUUCCCCUUCCAGAGAUACAGGCACAGCUACUGCAGAAUACCAAACUCCCCAACUGCAUACAAGGGAAUGCUCCAAACUCCCCAACUGCAUACAAGGGAAUGCUCCAAACUCCCCAACUGCAUGCAAGGGAAUGCUCCAAACUCCCCAACUGCAUACAAGGGAAUGCUCCAAACUCCCCAACUGCAUACAAGGGAAUGCUCCAAACUCCCCAACUGCAUACAAGGGAAUGCUCCAAACGCCCCAACUGCAUACAAGGGAAUGCUCCAAACUCCCCAACUGCAUACAAGGGAAUGCUCCAAACUCCCCAACUGCAUACAAGGGAAUGCUCCAAACUCCCCAACUGCAUACAAGGGAAUGCUCCAAACUCCCCAACUGCAUACAAGGGAAUGCUCCAAACUCCCCAACUGCAUACAAGGGAAUGCUCCAAACUCCCCAACUGCAUACAAGGGAAUGCUCCAAACUCCCCAACUGCAUACAAGGGAAUGCUCCAAACUCCCCAACUGCAUACAAGGGAAUGCUCCAAACUCCCCAACUGCAUACAAGGGAAUGCUCCAAACUCCCCAACUGCAUACAAGGGAAUGCUCCAAACCCCCAACUGCAUACAAGGGAAUGCUCCCCAACUGCAUACAAGGGAAUGCUCCAAACUCCCCAACUGGAACCUCACGAAUAGCUGCUAGCAGACGAACAGGAAAAGCACCCAAGCGGCUUACACUCCUGGCAAUCACAGCAUACAGUAAAUCCCCCCCAAAGAUGAGACAGAGCUCCGUGUUAAGGGUCACGCAGUGGUCUGGUUUAAUGAGGGCUACCUGCCCAGUAUUUAUGCGAGUCUCCCACCUGGUGGACAAUCCACCAGGGGACGAAAUGGGAGACUGUGACAAAGGACAGACAUGAACCAAUGACAGACACACAGAGGUAAAACAUCCCUACAAUGCAUCCUAACUUCCCUCCCUCUGUCCUGGAGAUAAUUGGGAAGUAAUCCAAUUAUCUCCCAGGACAGAGGCAAAACUCCAUUACCCACAUGUUUACAGUAAAACAUUAAAACACAAUAAAAUACACCAUAUUACCUUUAACACACAAAAUACAUACUUGCAACCAAUCCCCAAAUAGCUGGGAUCUGAGCGCACAAAAGUACCGAAUAGCGCUCAGAUCCUAUGCACACAGUCCAAUCGCCGUGGAGUUAAAGUUUUCCUAAAGUCUGUUCUCCAUACAAAUAGACUCCAUGGGAUGGCUUUCUGGGGUAAUGCUGUUCAUACGGUUUAACUACUGAAUGAACGGGCAUCCGGUUAAAUGACCGAAUGCAGAAGCAAGAAGACUUUUAACAUGGGGCCAUAGUCCAAAGGCAACAGGCGAGCAACCAGGCUUCUUCAAUGCAAUGUGGCGAGAUCGGUCUCGUCACAAUCCGUUUCUGUGAGAUCCCUGCACAGGGAAUGAAUGGUUUGGCCCACCGUUACACUGUACAUACAGGUAGAGGGAAUGCAGUGAUAUAUCUGUUUCUGUUGGAUCCCUGCACAGGGAAUGGAUGGCUUGGCCCCUGUUACACUGUACAUACAGGUAGAGGGAAUGCAGUGAUAUAUCUGUUUCUGUUGGAUCCCUGCACAGGGAAUGAAUGGUUUGGCCCCUGUUACACUGUACAUACAGGUAGAGGGAAUGCAGUCUUUUUUAGUAGCCGAUUAGUCACAAGCUGUAACGGCACCCUCAGGCAUAAAAGGGUUAAACCGCCGUUUAGUAGAUCUUCCCUUCCAGAGACACAGGCACAGCUACUGCAGAACACCAAUCCGCCGAACAGGAAACCAUAUGAAUGCUGUAAACAGCCGAAUAGGAAAAAACCAUACGAAUAGGUUUACACUCCUAGCAGUCAAACUGGAACAGCAUACAAUAAAUCCCCCCAAGAACGAGACAAAGCUCCGUGUUGAGGGUCAAGCAGUGAACAGACAGAGCUGUGGGUUUAUUGUGCUUAUGUACACAUUCUUACACAUUAGUACCACCCACAGGGUUUUGGAACACAACCAAUAAACACAUACAAUACACUCAGACACUCCCACACAAAUUCCUCCCCUCUGCUUGUGAUUCAAUUACCUUACACAAUGGGUAAUGUAAUUUAGCACAAGCAGAGAAAUAAAUUUUUUCCACAUUAUUCAUAACUUGAAAAGUAUGCAUCACAUUCACAUAUAACUUACAUUUCCAGAAUCAGCAUACUCCAAAUACAAACAUACGUCAAAAUCAUACAAAUUGGUCCAGUGGUUCAAAAGAUAGAUCGUAGUCCUUUGUGACCACAGGAAGCAUGGCUUUUCUGCCCAAAACCAGUUCCACAGAGUCUUCUAUCCUGGAGAUAAUUGGGAAGUAAUCCAAUUAUCUCCAAAGACAGAGGCAAAACUCCAUUGAACACAUGGCAGCAAAAGACAAUAAAACACAUAAAACAUAUAACUGUGCAGCCAUUGCACAAAACAGGUACAUUCAACAUAUCCCCAGAUAGCUCAGAUCUGAGCGCACAUUAUUACUGAAUGGCGCUCAGAGCACACACAUACAGUUCAAUUGCCAUGGAGCCAAAGUCUUUCCCAUAGUCUUUCAUUAUACGAAUGGGCUCCAUGGCAUAGCUAUCUGGGGUAUCACCGCUAAAACAGGGCAAGCACUGAAUGACCCGGCAUUCUUGUCUUUGCAGGGGAAAAUCAAGCCUUUUAACAUGGGGCCAUAAUCCAAAGGCAACAGGCGAGCAACCAGGCUUCUCCAAUGCAAUGUGGCGAGAUUGGUCUCGUCACACAAGCACUGGCCAAAGUUAGCAUUUAUAUUUGUUUGUGUGUUAAAAAUGCAAAACACAAUUAUGAAUGCCAACUUUGGCCAGUGCUUGUGACUAAGUGGCCAGUGCUUAAGACGGAACAUACCCCAUUCGCAAUACCUUGGGUUGUCUUCUUUUGCAAAUGGUAUGCCAUCAUGGGAGUAACUUUCAUUCCUGGGCUACCGUAUGGUCUCAAAGGCAACAUAACCAAUCUGGCGAAUUUCAAUGUAAACAAAAAGAAGGAAAAUCAAGCCUUAUAUUUGACUCUGUAACUUUUCAAAACUCUAUAAAACAUGUACAUGGGGGGUACAGGUUUUAGGGUGUCAUAGAAAGUUACAGGGUGAAAUACAGUGCUAGCAAAUAAAAUUUUCUGGACUUUCGGCCUGGGUUGUCUGGCAGUUCCCUCAAAUUGCAAUCCAUAAAAUUACUUAAUUAUGUAAAAAUCUUACAUAAAUAUGCACAUAGAACUUGUGGCAAAACUAGCCACUUGGGCUAACUUGGACAAUAUGUGGUGAAAAGUUGCCUGUGUCUUUAUUGUGCUAUAAUAUGUGCCUGGCUGUAAUUGACUUCCUUCCCUGUAUGUUUCAUUGAUCUUGUCAGCUAUCUUCCGAAAGCAGAUAGCCUUACUGUAUUUCGUUUCACGAACAGCACCAUUGCGGGCUGUUCGUGAACCGAAUGAGCUAUCCCUUAAUAGCCCACACAGAGAGGGACGUGUGGCGCUCGUUAACCGAUUGCAACAAUGUUGCAAUCGGUAAUUAGAGGCUUUCCUAGGUGGCCGUCGUUCGGCUACCGACCACGCGGCGGUUGGCCAUCUUGGAUCCUUUGUCUCCCCAGCGGUGUUUGGUCGUCGAGCGCAUGGAACUGAAAACGGCUACUCGACGGCGCGAACACCCCUGGGCUUCCAGGCCGUUCGGGAGCUCUGGGUUGUUCGGUAGUUUGGUCCUCCUAUAUGAAUCGGUACUUUAACCGUGUGUUACAAAUAAUGUGUUUUUCGUGCGGCGUUCGGUUGUUUGUUUUAGCUGGGAUCUGAGCGGUAUUCUCACGAACUGUGCGCUCAGACCCCAGCUAUCUUCCGAAUGUCUAUUUGUGUAAAUCCACCGAAUAAAUUACAAGUUAUGGAUUUUAAGGUGAAUUGCCGGUUCUGCUGCACAGAGGGAUAAUCCACUUAACAGGCUAUUCCAGGGGGAGUAUCCCUCUCGUACAGCAGUGCCUGAUGGGAGAAAAGGUCUGAAUGUUAAGUCCCCUAUGUAGUCCCCUACUGUAUUACCCCUGCUAUGUCAGUAGGGAAACCCCUUGCAUGGGGACUUGCAUAAAUACUGGAUGCUGUGAAUAAAAACCUGAGUUGACUCCCAGAACUGUGUUUCGUCCGGUUACUGGGGGAUUUGGGAUAUUGCUUUACUUUUCAGCUCUUGACUGUGGAUUACCUUCUGUACCAGCGGAGAUCUUGGGAUUUAAUAUUGCCGAUCCGCUACAGAACUUAAAUAUUUAUUCAUAUUUAUAUAUUUGAAGCCUACGUAUAUAUUUUUGAAAUGAUGUGAUUUUAUAUAUAGACAUGUAUAUUUUGUAAAAACUUUUGUGUGUGUGUAAAUAUAUAAUUUCUUUCUAAGUGUAUUUGGGCUAACUGUAUAAUCAAAAUACAGUGAGAAUAAAAUUACACAUAUAUAUUUACUUAUUUUUUAUAUAUAUAUAUAUAUAUAUAUGUGUAUGUGUAUGUGUGUGUGUAAUGUAAUUAUAAGUGUAAGGGUGCUGUUAGUGUGUAUGUGCUGUGUGUGUUAGGGUGAUGGAUGUGUGUGUGCUGUAUGUUCGUGUGUAAUGUGUGGGGGCCAAUUAGUUAAUAUCCCCCUCCCUUCUUACCUUAUGUAGGGAGGGGGGACCGUGCUCCUGCAUUCCCUGGUGGUUUAUAAAAUAAAAAGAUAUAAUAAAGCAGUCAAAGUAAAAAAUUAUAUAUAUAAUUAUUUUUUACUUUGACUGCUUUAUUAUAUAUUUUUAUUUUUUAUUUUGCACAUGCAGGGAGACUGCCUGUCAGUUCAGGCAGUCCCCCUGUAGGCAGAUACAAGGACGCCUAUUGCGGCCAUGUGACCGCUCUGUUAAAGCGACUACAUGGCCGCGGGGACUUAAUUCCCCGAGGGAGGACUGUCUGGGCUGUCAGGCAGUCCCCCCACACCGGGAACGGCGGCGAUCAGGUUAGUAAAUAUUUCCGUUAUGACGGUUCAGGACCGUCAUCAGUCUUAAAGGGGGUGUAGUUUGGUGAGAUUGCAGGGUAUGAUCUAUACACCAAAUUUCACUGCUUAGUCCCCACCCCCCAACCUAAUUUAGGAGGUUAUAAAACUUUUGUCUCUGACGUGUUAGCCUUAGCCACACCUCCCCAUUGUGACUCAUGCAGCCAGCAAGAAAAAAUGGUUUCAUUUUCAGUCUAAAGUUAACUUGCUUUAGAAUUUUUUUAUCUCCUGCUCUGUAAAUUGAAAUUUAAAGGAAUACUAUAGAGUCAGGAAGACAAAUGUGUAUUCCCGACCCUAUAGUGUUUAUUACUGGAUCUCCUUAAAUAAGCAUAAAAUGACAUUUUGUUCCAACACUGUGCGGGUCCGCUAGCGUAUGGCUCUGCCUCUUUGGCUGAGAUUAUUGCAAUUGAGAAUCUCAUCUAAUCCACCCACUGCUUUUCUAUGGGAAAGCAUUGUGAUUGGCUGACAUCAUCAAUUCUGAGCCAAGUCGGAGGAGUGGAGCCAAACACCACACUGGCCAAUCCGCAUCUCCUCAUUGAGAUGCAUUGAAUCUUGCAUCUCUGUUAGGAAUAUUCAACGCCUCCAUGCAUAAUCUGGAGAUGCUGAAUGUCAGUGCUGCACAACUCAGGAAGCAUCUCUAGUGGCUGUCUGAGUGACUGCCACUGGAGGUAUCCCUAAGCAGCAAUUAACAGAGCAAUAGAUAAUAAAUUCAAAAUUAAACAGACUGUGUAAGUCACAUGCAGGGAGGUGUGACCAGGACUGUAUAAACAAACAGUUUUCCUGGCACUGCAGGUCCCCUCUCCCUCCCACCUCCCAUCCCAGGUUGCUGAUGGGGUUAAAACCUCUUCAGUGACUUAACUGUAUCCGGCGCUGGGUCAGGCUCACCAGCUCUCCCUUGCCGCGCGCACACAUUACACCGCCCCGUAGGAAAGCAUUAUUCAACGCUUUCCUAUGGGGAUUCCGGUGACGCUGGAGGUCCUCAUGCAUCGCUUAAAACACUAAAAGUGUUUUAAGAACCCAGAAGUUCAUAGACAGCCAGUAGAGGAGGACUUAACCUUGUUAGGCAAUUAGUGCAGUUUAUGAAAAACUGCACUAAUUACACUUGCAGGGUUAAGGGUAGUGGGAGUUGGCACCAAGACCACUCCAAUGGGCAGGAGUGGUCUGGGUACCUGGAGUGUCCCUUUAAAAAAAAAAAAAAAAAAAUAUAUAUAUAAUAUAAUUUUUUAUAUAUAUAUAUAUAUAUAUAUAUAUAUAUAUAUAUAUAUAUGCAUAUAGGCAAACCUAGCCACUUGGACAUUAUUUAAGUACUGUCGCUUUAAGGGUUGCCUGUAUGUUUUUCGUGUUGUGUGUUCCAGCGUGUAAUGUAAUACAAUUGAAUAACUGUAUUGCCUGCCUUGGCUAUCUGCCGAAAGCAGAUAGCUGAUUCCCUUUCGUUUCACGAACGGCACCUUUGCGGGCUGUUCGUGAACCGAAUGAACCAUCAUUUAAUAGCCCACACACUUAGAGAUGUGUGGCGCUUAUUAACCGAUUGCAACAAUGUUGCAAUCGGUAAUUAGAGGCUCUCCAAGGUGGCCGUUGUUCGACUACCGACCAUGCGGCGGUCGGCCAUCUUGGAUCCUUUGUUCCCUCAGCGGUGUUUGGUCGUAGAGCGCAUGGUACUAAAAAUCGGCUACUUGACGGCACGAACACCGUUGAGCUUCCAGGCCGUUCGGGAGGUCCGGGCCGUUCGGUAUCCUGUUCCCUUACAUGCAAUUGGUCUUUUGAAGAUAUGUUUUAAUGAAUGUGUUUUUCGUGCGGCGUUUGGUUGUUUUAGCUGGGAUCUGAGCGGUAAUUUCACGAAUGAUGCGCUCAGAUCCCAGCUAUCUACCGAACGUCCAUUCGUUUAAAUAGACCGUAUAUUCAAAGAGUUAUACAUUUUAAUACGAAUUGUAGAUUCUGCUGCACGGAGGGAUAAUCCACUUAACGGUACAUUCCUGUGAGAGGAUCCCUCUCGUGCAGCAGUGCCUGAUGGGAGAAAUGUCCUGUACAGUAAGUCCCCCAUGUAGUCCCUUCUGGGAAUGCCCCUGGGAGGUGACUCAGGAAACCCCUUGCAUGGGGACUUGUAUAAAUUGUGGAGCUGAAAUAAAAGACCUCAGUUGACUCCCAGCCUAUGUGUCGUCUAGUUCUUGGGAAGGAAGGGUUACUACAGUGCUACUUGGAUUACUGCAUGCUGAUUCCCCUGGAUUAUCCUUUGUUGUUCCUGUUACCCAGCGGAGAUAUCGUGGAUUAUACUGCCUCUCCGCUACAUAUAUAUUUUGUGUGUGCGCAUAGUGUCCUUUUAAAGCCUUAAGGACCAAACUUCUGGAAUAAAAGGGAAUCAUGAUGUGUCACACAUGUCAUGUGUCCUUAAGUGGUUAAAUAAAAAUGCUGUGUCUUGGGUUGGAAGAGUGGAUUUUUGCAAUGUAUCCUACUGAUCACACUUUAAUUUGUCUUCGUUCAGUUCCCUGACACGGUUGGAGGCCCUGGGAGUCGGUUUAAAGGAAAACAUUCACUGGACAGCGAUGAGGAAGAUGACUAUGAAAGCGGAGACUCUGCUAAAUAUAACAUGUUGGCCCCGGAAGAUGUGGAGGGUAAGUGCUCACAGUGUGGAGUCUCAGACUCUGUUAAUUGACUGCCAAAAACGCUAAACACUAAAACCAGUAUAUCGUAACGUGUGUUUUUACAAAAAGUGCAGAUUUAAAUAGAAAUUGACACUUUUGAAAAUGAACCUUUUUACACCCCUUGCCUGUCAGUCACAGAUGGCCCUGUUACUUCCUGGGUUGGUUAGCUUUAAAGUAGAUAAACUCGAUAGGCAGCAAUUGCUCAGAGCACCUACCUUGAAAAUGCUUGUCAUCGAGAAGUCUGUGAUUGGACAGCCACAGAAAAUCUGGGUGGGGCUAGAAGGGGAGGGUUUGCAAAGACAACAGACAAGAGCUCUCUAUCUAUCUAUCCCAGUGAAAAAGAUGUAUGUGACGAGACCAAUCUCGCCACAUUGCAUUGGAGAAGCCGGGUUGCUCGCCUGUUGCCUUGGGAUUAUGGCCCCAUGUUAAAAGGCUUGAUUUUCCCCUGCAAAGACAAGAAAGCCGGUCAUUUGGUACUUGCCCUGUUUGAGCAGUGAUACCCCAGAUAGCUAUGCCAUGGAGCCCAUUCAUAUAAUGAAAGACUAUGGGAAAGACUUUUGCUCCACGGCAAUUGAACUGUAUGUGUUUGUGCUCUGAGCGCCAUUCAGUAAUAAUGUGCGCUCAGAUCUGAGCUAUCUGGGCAUAUGUUGCAUGUCUGUAUUUUAUGUCAUAAAUGUAACCUUGUGUAUUUUAUUGUAUUUUACUGUCUUUUUGCUGCCAUGUGUUCAAUGGAGUUUUGCCUCUGUCUUUGGAGAUAAUUGGAUUACUUCUAAUUAUCUCCAGGAUAGAAGACUCUGUGGAACUGGUUUUGGGCAGAAAAGCCAUGCUUCCUGUGGUCACAAAGGACUACGAUCUAUCUUUUGAACCACUGGACCAAUUUGUAUGAUUUUGACGUAUGUUUGUAUUUGGAGUAUGCUGAUUCUGAAAAUGUAAAUAUGUGAAUGUGAUGCAUACUUUUCAAGUUAUGAAUAAUGUGGAAAAAUUGUAUUUCUCUGCUUGUGCUAAAUUACAUUACCCAUUGUGUAAGGUAAUUGAAUCACAAGCAGAGGGGAGGAAUUUGUGUGGGAGUGUCUGAGUGUAUUGUAUGUGUUUAUUGGUUUCCAAAACCAAAACCCUGUGGGUGGUACUAAUGUGUAAGAAUGUGUACAUAAGCACAAUAAACCCACAGCUCUGACUGUUCACUGCUUGACCCUCAACACGGAGCUUUGUCUCGUUCUUGGGGGGAUUUAUUGUAUGCUGUUCCAGUUUGACUGCUAGGAGUGUAAACCUAUUCGUAUGGUUUUUCCUAUUCGGCUGUUUACGGUAUUCAUAUGGUUUCCUGUUCGGCGGAUUGGUGUUCUGCAGUAGCUGUGCCUGUGUCUCUGGAAGGGGACAAUCGCCUAAAUGGUUUUAACCCCUUGUGUGCUGAAACAGUCCGUUACAAUGUAUAAUUAAAUGCAUGAGUGUUUUCAUUGGUCGUGUAUCUACUAAAUGUUUUGGGUGGUGUGGGUUAUUUAUUUUUAUUUUAUUUUUGCAAGUGGAGUGUCCCUUUUUAAGUGCAUAGAUUUCUUUUUACUUGGAUAAUAAAGGCUGAAGCUUGCCUUAAACUCCAGCGUUUGCCAAUUUUGCCAAGUGUAGGAAAAUGCAUAAGACAACGUUGUCCCUACUCUGUCUUGUGUUUUUUAAAGAGAAACUGAUGAGAAUCAAAAAUGAAGAAAAGGACAAAUUCUGAAAGAGAAGAACAAUGAAUAGCAAAACUGCAAGUUUGGGGUGACAGCCGGCUAAGUUCCCACGAGAAUAGGGCUCCCAACGCAUGUAUUUGUCAUGGGGGGGGAGGGGCUUCCCACCCCCAUCCCAUGAGAAUACUUCCUUCAAUCUCUAACUUCCUUUAUCCUCAGACAAUUGAGUUAUCCAAACAUGAUGGGAAUUGUAGUGCAGCAAGGGGAUUGGUCAAUUUUUUAUUUUUUAUUUUUUUUAACAAGUUGGCAAGCUGUGGACUUUUUAAUUUUUUUUAUAACAUGGUAAAAUAAUUUGGAGGGUGUGAUUUGCUCUCUGUAAUAUACGAGUUACCUGUCAGCAGUGCGGAGAACAGAUUUCCCAUUUUUAUUUUUAGGCCCUGUUUGAUUGCACUUUAUUUUUCUAUUCCACUCCUUACAUUGCUGUCUGUUUCUGUAUAAACACUUAAGCAUCUCUUCAAUCACUACUACAGGGCAGGAGAGCGCCACCCUGGACUCCGAGGGCGGUGUACUAAUAACACCAUUUAACCUGAAUGAAGAGAUGGAGGAGGGGCACUUUGACUCAGAAGGCAAUUACUUCUUAAAGAAGGAAGCACAGAUUCGAGAUCACUGGCUGGACAACAUUGACUGGGUAAGGGGGCGAGAGGUUACUCCAUGUUGGAUUAGUCCAAAGAGAUUGUUAAAACUCCCAGUGAUAUGAGGUGGUCAUGGUGCCAGGAGUUUAUAGUGUGAAACUCUGCAUGUUGUUGCUGGAGUAGGGGUUACAGUGUAAUUUGGGUGUCGUUAGCCGGCUCCUGGAUAAUGGCAAUUUUAAUGCACACUGUGCAAUUUAUUAGCUAAGAAUAGUCCGCUGAGGCUCUCUGCCAGUAUAUGGUGAGUGGGUUCUGCAGAAGCCAGUAGCUGUGUCAUCAUUGCAAAGAGGAGUGUCUGAGCCCAGCUGGGACACCGAUAAGACGGGGAAAACAUUGCUAAGUAGUUUGCCCCAUUAUUGGGAACUGGGCCAGGGUGCUUCUUCCAUUUAUCACCACCCUCAGCAAUCUCUAUCUUAACAGGUCCGCAUCAAGGAGGUUGCAACCCCUCAGUUGGAAGAGUCUAACAAUGAUCCUGAUCCUGAUUCCGAUGAGGGUCGUGCCCCUUUAGGAAUGAGAGUACUUCUAGAAGGGAUCUUAGAAUUGCUGCUACCUGGAGAAACUGUGGCAAAAGGCAUCCAACGGCUUGGCGGAACAGGGGUUAGAAAGAGACUAGGAGUUCAGAGAGAGAGGGCUCUGCAGGGCCGAGCAGGCAGUAGAAGAAAGAAAUCUACAAUCAAAGAAGACUUGACUGCAUCAGAGAAAGAAGAGCAAUUAAAGAUGGAUCAAGGACAGAGUGGGGUAGAGAGACUGGAAGAUCAGGAAGAAGCAGAGAAAGUGCAAACAGAAGGACUGCGACAAGAGGAUGUCGGAUGUGCAGAGCCAGUCUCAGAUCUCCACGAAGGACCAGUCACUGGACUAGAGGCCUCUGAAAGCAAAUCCCGGCACCUAGAACACCUUAUAUCUUUAGCGGAUCAGAUGGUGGCACUGGGUGUUUACGAAGUGUAUCAGGACACGUAUGAAAAACUGGCAUACAGAUUGCGAGCCCUUGAGCCUCCCCGUGUGGUUGAUAUGUUUGCAGACGAAAUUGAGGAGGAAAAGCUGGAAACAAAAGGAGGUAAGGACCUGUCAUGGUAAACUAAAAUACUGUCUUCAUCUCUAACAUGAAGCUAAACAUUCCUCUUCUCACCAUGCCUGCCCCCUCCUCUCCCCAUCACCAGCCUCUAUCAGCCAGUUAAUGUCUUCUGUCUACUUGGUCCAUUCUUUCCUUGUAGUUCGACCAGCAGUUGAAGUUCUGUGGGAAUAUAAAUGGGAAAAUAAAGAAGAAGCCAAGCUAUAUGGACCUUUCACCAGCUCCCAGAUGCAGGUACUCACUUGCCAACCUGAUACAAUGUGCAUCUCUGCUCCCCUUUGUGGGGGGGGGAGCACCAGACAAGCAGCGGGUGGCCUUUGGGGGGGGGCGGCACCGGACAAGCAGCGGAUGGCCUGGGGGGAGCACCAGACAAGCAGCUGGUGGCCUUUGGGGGUGGAGCGGCACCAGACAAGCAGCGGUGGCCUUUGGGGGCACGGCACCAGACAAGCAGUGGGUGGCCUUGGGGGAGGGAGGGCACUAGACAAGCAGUGGGUAGCCUUGGGGGGGGGGCACUAGACAAGCAGUGGGUAGCCUUGGGGAGGGGGCACUAGACAAGCAGUGGGUAGCCUUGGGGGGGGGGGCACCAGACAAGCAGUGGGUGGCCUUGGGGGAGGCACCAGGGGCAGUGGGUGGCCUUGGGAGGGGCACCAGACUAGCAGUGGGUGGCCUUGGGGCCACACGCUGCUUGUUUGCUCCCCAACGCCCACAUAGCUUGAUUGCAUUCUUUUUUCAAGAACUGUCUCUCUGAUGCAUGUGUAACCAUGUUGUUGUUUUAGGACUGGGUGGAUCAAGGCUACUUUGUUGAUGGUGUGUACUGCCGGCGUGUGAACAGCUCAGGCAGUCAGUUCUACAAUUCGAAGAGGAUAGACUUUGAUCUUUAUGUGUGAAGUUUUCCUGCGUUUUUACAGAUCUUCCUAAGCCUUACAAAAGACUUUACCAUCUGUUACACAUGCUCCUCCCACAGAAUGCCACUUAUAUCGCCUCUGUAUAUUCUCUAAGGCACACAAUGUGUCCAGUACUCAGGAGUACCAUUACGUGGUGUCUCCUUUACUUUGUAAGAAUUUAGUGGCAGUUUUAAUAAAAUACUUUAUUUCUUUUCUGAGUCUCUAAAAUCUUACUUUAACGCUAUCCAGCAGCACCACAUAACCGUGUCAUCUACCCACUGUGUAACCCGCUACUUUCUUAUAUUGUCCACCUCCUCCGUGUAACACUCUGCUUUUUUUUAUAUUGUCCACUUCUACCACGUAACCCUCUCUUUACUUAUAUUGUCUACCUCUACUUUCUUAUAUUGCCCACCUCCGUCUUGUAACACUUUCUUAUAUUGACCACUUCUACCACAUAACCCUCUACUUUCUUAUUUUUUGUUUUUGACUUUUAUCCCUUUGAUAUGUGUAGAUGUAUAGGUGCAUUGCAGACAGGUCACAUUGCGUCCAAUAUGUGUUACAAUAUAAGGGUGAGUGUUAGGUUUAACAUAAGUAUAGCAACGUUCAAACAAUGGUUUCAAAGAUGAUGCAUUACAGAAAGUAUAGAACAGGCAUAGGCAACUUUCGGCACUCCAGCUGUUUUGGACUACACCUCCCAUGAUGCUUUGCCAGCAUUACGGGUGUAAAAGCAUUAUGGGGGAUGUGGUCCAUAACAUCUGGAGUGCCGUAGGUUGCCUAUCCCUGGUAUAGAACAUCUAUUCAUGCAAAAACCUCGGUGUGUACUUAGUGUGUUGUGUUGGAGAAAACAUGUAGGUCACCCAUGGUGUUACUCAUAUUGGUUUAGCCAGGCAAUUGGGCGUGCUUCAGUCCCCAAUCGCAUAGGCGACCAGGUCAUGAAGUUGCAGUAAUGGAUUGUAGGUAAUUGUGAGCCAUCCCUAGUGUGACGAGACCAAUCUCGCCACAUUGCAUUGGAGGAGCCUGGUUGCCCGCCUGCUGCCUUUGGAUUAUGGACCGGCAGUUAAACGGUUAAUUUUACGGUGCAGAAAGAUUUAUUCCUUCCUUUCUGCACAGCCGUUCGGUAGAUUCUAUCUACCGAACAAACAGACUUCUAUCAGCCUCCCCAGAGCCGUGGGAAGUCGGCCGGUGCCGUUAAUUGGCCACCCAGAAGCUGGCGUGUGCCCUCCAUUUACCUCCCUGAAACCGCGGCUUAACGAGCGUGUGCCGGCAAUUGACCACCCAGUAGCUGCGGUUAACUGCAGCUUAAUUGACUGUUACUGGGUGGUCGCGGUUACACCUAGCCACCACACGAUGGCGAUGUUCUGGAGCUCCCCGGGCAGCCAGCGCUUUUCUGCCCGGCUUUCCUACGCCAAAUCUGGACACUGCGUCAGCUAAGCACCGCUGAGCCUCCAGCCCCUGGUUCUG